CACCCUUCCAAGUCCUACAUUUUCUAAAAACCCUAUAGCUAAACCCUAAUAAAAUAAUUCCUCAAAAUCCCCCAAUUUCUCUUCCUCCCUCACCAAACGAUUCAAGCGACCUCACCAAACGAUUCAAGCGAAAAUGGACGAAUUGCAGAAAGCGUACCGCAGCGCCGUAUCGCAGGCGCAGGAAACGACUGCAAAAAUAAGUUCUUUAGCAUCUUCAUUAGAGAAGACCAACUCAGCUUCUCCGUCUCCUUCUUCUUCGUCUGGAAUCGGGCCGCCGUCGUAUUCGCUGUCCGCCGACCAGUCGCGACUGUUGCUGGCCCGGCCGCCGAGAAACUUCGUAUCGCUAUGGACCUGCUCGAAGCUUUGCGCUGUUUUUUUCGUUGCUGGAAUAUUUGUUGGUUACACACUGAAGAAACGUGUACGUCGCUGGGCAUCAAAACUUCUCAGGAGGUUGAAGGAUGACUAAAUUGUUCUAUAUGUGGAUGCUAUUGUUAUUUUUGUUCAGGUACAUGAAAACCUCGGAGGAUGUUUUGAAAAAUUUGAAGAUAUAAGUAUUUCGGGUAUUGCAACUGGUGAUGAUAUAUGCUGUUAAUUAAAAUUGUAGUCGAGAGUACGUAUGUCAAUGACACAGACAUGAUAUAUUUCGAUGAUUUGUCAUCCGCUACCUUUUCUUCCAUCCAAUGAGAGAAACUCUGCAUGCAGCUGCAUCUACAAGUUCAUACCUGUUCUUUUUCUCAAUUUACAUCCUUCCGAAAAGAAAUUAACGAUUUGGGCCAUUUGACUGUGCUGCUAGUAAGAAUAUUUUAUGCACUUACAUUUGCUGAAAUAAACGUAUAGUUUUAUCCUCCAUGUGUGGUUAGCUCCUCAUCGUUCUUGCUUCAGGAGUUUGUGAAAUUUGAAACUUGUUGAUGUCUUGUAAGGAAAAUACCUGCGCAUUGGCUGAGUUCCCUGUAUGUUAGAGCAAAACACUUCCUAGGUCAUGUCUUCUUAUAUUUUAUUAGUAUUCCAUAAUUUGGUCGUGUCUAGAAGAUUCCAGAUAAAAUCAAGAAUGUGGUAAAAAAUCUCUUCUUUCACCUAAGCAAGG